AUGGCAGCUUCUUCCAAGAUCCUUCUACAUGGCGGUACUCUUUUAGUACAUGAUGUCGACGAGAGGGUGGUACCGCGCCGGCUCGAUCUUUUAAUCGAUGGGAAUGCCAUUGUCCAAAUUGAGGAAAAUAUUGACGUAGAUGAACAAAGCGUCAGAAUUAUCAACUGCAAGGAUAAAAUAGUAUCGCCUGGCUUCAUCAGUACCCACCACCACCUAUGGCAAACCCAGCAAAAAGGCCAACACGGCAACCAUAGUCUUCUGGAAUACCUACCAUGCAUGAAUUUCAUCGGAGCGCUCUACUCACCCGAGGACGCCUUCUGGGGUCAACUUAGUGGCGCAAUGGAGGCUGUGGAUGCUGGUACAACAUCAGUUGUCGACCAUUCACACCUCAAUCUUGGCCCCGAGUACCCACCGACCUUGAUUAAUGCCUUGAUUACUUCUGGCCUACGAGCUGUGUACUGUCAAUGCGUGCCGAGAAUCGUGGACAGAAGUUCUUUGACAGUCACGGACGACUAUGACCCUGCAUCCGCACUCACCAGCUGGAAAGAACUUGCAAAGUUUGCCCCUUUUGCUGAUGGUAGAGUCCACCUUGGCUUUGCCGUGGAUAAUCUAUAUCUACCCACCAGUCAGCUGCAGGAGCUCUACACCGAGCUCCGAUCAAUGCACGCAAAGAUCAUCACCACGCAUGGUGUGGCAGGAAAAUCCUUUGGCAACCCUCCGUCUGCUGUGCAACUUCUCAACAAUGCUGGUUUACUUGGCCCUGAUAUCCUUAUCUCUCAUGCGAAUUUCCCGAAGGAUGGUGAUGCCGCGCUUUUGGCUAGUCACGGCGCCUCUGUUUCUGCAACACCCAACACAGAGCUCCAAAUGGGGUAUCCUCCUGUAGCGUUGAUGCCUGAAUUUCAACCAGUUUCUAGUCUUGGAGCAGAUUGUCACAGCUGGGGAACCGGAUUCAUGCCUGGACAAAUGCGUCUCUUACUUCAGCAUGCCAGAACAAACUACUCGGACAUAUUAGCGAAGGAAGGGAAGUGGAGUCGGCAUGUUGGACCUCUGGUUGAACAUGUAUUCAAUCUGGGCACGAUCGGCGGUGCUCGGUCGAUGGGAAUGGCUGGGGAGAUCGGCCAGAUCAAGGUCGGGGCCAAAGCGGAUUUGGUUAUCUUCGAUACGAAGAGUCCGUCAAUGUUGGCGGCUGCUGAGGAAGACCCAGUUUCUGCUAUCGUACUCCAUUCCAGUGAGAGGGAUGUUGAAACCGUUAUCGUGGACGGCGUUGUGAGAAAGGAAGGAGGAAAACUGCUGCCUGUUUCGAUCGCGGACGCUCCUACUUCUGCUCUGAACUUGACAUCGAGCAAACAGCAGCUUGAGUGGAUGGAUGUUAUGACCAAAGUGUUGGACAGCCGAAAAACGAUCAAAGCUAAAGCGCAAGGAAUCGAUUUCAAAGCGGGAGAAGAAAAGAUUAUUGAUGCGUUUCACAUGAAUCGAAAUGAUAUGAAGGAGAAUAUCUAA